AUGUCCAGGAGGAAACAGAGCAACCCCCGGCAGAUCAAGCGUUCCCUCGGAGAUAUGGAGGCCAAAGAAGAGGCCCAGGCCGCAGACUCCAGCCUUCCAGAGCGGGAGGCCACAGCGCUGGAGCCCGAGCCCGCAAGCCCUUCCAGUCCAGACUCUAAUCCUCCACCCCCUCCACUGCCGCCGGCCCCCACUUCUCCAGGAGGCCCUGAGGAGCCGGAGCAUCGGGAGCCAGAGAUGAGGCCGGAGGAGGAAGCAGCCAGCAGCCCCUGGAGCGGGCCAGACGAGCUGGAGCCGCUGCUGCAAGAUGGACAGAGGUGCGUGCGGGCUCGGUGCAGCCUCACCAAGGGCCUGUCCUGGGGCCCGUUCCGCGGGAGCAUCCAGACCAGAGCCUCGUCCCCCGGACAGGCAGAAGUGAGCCCAGCCCUGACCCUGCUGCUGGAGGACGAGGCCUGCUGGCUGAGGACACUGCCCCAGGCCCUGGCCGAGGCCGAGGCCAACACGGAGAUCUACCGGAAGGAUGAAGCCCUCUGGUGCAGGCUCACCAGGCCGGUGCCUGCAGGUGGACAGCUGAAAGUGCUCCUGGUGGCCAAGCCCCCCAGCAACCCCAGCCACCCUGUGAAGAAGGAGCCGGUGGAGCCCGAGAGCCCAGCCCCCUCCCACCCCGACAUCCAGCUCCUGCCCCAGCAGGCCGGCAUGGCGUCCAUCCUUGCAACCGCGGUCGUCAACAAAGAUGUCUUUCCCUGCAAAGACUGUGGCAUCUGGUACCGUAGUGAGCGGAACCUGCAAGCCCACCUCCUCUACUACUGUGCCAGCCGCCAGGGUGCUGGCUCCCCUGCCGUGACUGCCCCGGAAGAGAAGCCCAAGGAGACCUACCCCAAUGAGCGGGUCUGCCCCUUCCCCCAGUGCCGCAAAAGCUGCCCGAGCGCCAGUUCCCUGGAGAUCCACAUGCGUAGCCAUAGUGGAGAGCGCCCCUUUGUGUGUCUCAUCUGCCUGUCCGCCUUCACCACGAAGGCCAACUGUGAGCGGCACCUCAAGGUGCACACGGACACGCUGACCGGAGUCUGCCACAGCUGCGGCUUCAUCUCCACCACAAGGGACAUCCUCUACAGCCACCUGGUGACCAACCACAUGGUCUGCCAGCCAGGCUCUAAGGCCGAGGUCUACUCACCAGGGACGGGCCACCCCACUGCCAAGCUCUCCACAGGUGAGCCCUGGGAACUGGGAGGAGGGGUGGCAGUUUCAGACUUGGUUCUGUACCACGUCUGCCCGGCCCCGUUCUCCCUUCUCACCCUCCCCGCUUCAGGUCUGGCCCAGGCAGGUCCUGCUCCAGCCCUGACAGGUGGCCCCUGGGCUCUCCCCACAGACAGUCUGGCCACCUUCCAGCAGCACACGGCACUGCACGGCCCCCUGGCCUCUGCCGACCUAGGCCUGGUGCCCACCCCCUCGCCAGGAGUGGACAGGAAGGCCCUGGCCGAGGCCACCAAUGGAGAGGCUAGAGCGGGUCCCCAGAACGGGGGCAGCGGCGAGCCCCCAGCGGCCCCCAGGAGCAUCAAAGUGGAGGCAGCGGAGGAGCCCGAGGCAGAGCCAGGGCCCCUCGCCCCUUCACGAACGCCGUCACCACCUAGCCCUGGCCCCGCGCGGGUGAAAGCAGAGCUGUCCAGCCCCACGCCUGGCUCCAGCCCAGGUCCCAGCACACUGUUCCUGCCGCACCUGCCAGCGGCGCCACCGGCCUCUGAGAUCCUGGCCAAGAUGUCCGAGCUGGUGCACAGCCGGCUGCAGGCAGGUGCGGGGGUGGGCGCGCCUGCCAGCCUCUUCGCGGGGGCCCCCAAAGGCGCCACGUGCUUCGAGUGCGACAUCACCUUCAACAACGUGAACAACUUCUACGUGCACAAGCGCCUCUACUGCUCUGGCCGCCGACCGCCCGACGACGUGCCCCCAGCCCGCCGGCCCAAGGCGGCCCCCGCCCUGCCUCGCGUGCCCCCUGCCCCGCCACCAGCCGAGGCCGAGGCGCCGCGCUCGUCGCCGGGUCCCGGGGCACGCGAGGAUGAGGCAGGGAGCGCGGCCACGCCCGAGGCCGAGGCUGACGCGAGCGGCCGAGGCAGCGAGGGCAGCCCUAGCCCGGGCAGCGGGGCGGACGAGGAUGACGACCCCCGCCGGACGCUGUGCGAGGCCUGCAACAUCCGCUUCAGCCGCCACGAGACCUACACAGUGCACAAGCGUUACUACUGCGCCUCGCGCCACGACCCACCGCCGCGCCGCCCAGCACCAGCCGGGACACCCGCGCCCUCGGCGCCGCCAGUGCGCACGCGCAGGCGCCGCAAGCUCUACGAGUUGCACGCGGCCGGGUCCGCCCCGCCCCUGGUCGGAUCUGCCCCUCCCUCCGCGCCAGGCCCCGCCCCUACGCCACCCGGACCCGCCCCCACACCUCCCACAUCGCCCCGGCCCGGAAGCGGUAGUGGAGGCGGAAGCGGCCUGGACGCGGCCGAAGGCCCUAUCGACCUAAGUAAGAAGCCGCGACGCCAGGCUGCCGCAGCCGUCCCCGGCCCUGCGCCUGGCCUGGCGGCCCUGGCCGAUUACCACGAGUGCACGGCUUGCCGCGUGAGCUUCCACAGCCUCGAGGCCUACCUGGCGCACAAAAAGUUCUCGUGCCCCGCCGCCCCGCGCCGCCUGCGUGCGGCCCCCGAGGACCCGCCCGCCGUCGUUUGCCCCUACUGCCCCCCGAACGGCGUGGUGCGCGGGGACCUCAUCGAGCACUUCCGCUUGGCGCACGGGCUGUUGCUGGGCAAGCCCCUAGUCGGUCCCAGCGCGGAGGCCCGGACGCCCUCGCCCGCUGCUCCCCGCGAUGGCCUCAACGGCCAGGACCUGCAGGAGCCGCCUGCCAGCAGCCCCCGCCCCGGCCCGCCCCUAGCCGCGUCCCCGGAGGCGGUGCCGGCACCUCCCUCGCAUUCGGACAAGGGCGUGCAGACCCCCAGCCAGGGAUCGCCGGCCCCCGUGCCCAACGGCAACCACAGGUACUGCCGCCUGUGCAACAUCAGGUUCAGCAGCCUGUCCACCUUCAUCGCCCACAAAAAGUAUUACUGCUCCUCCCACGCAGCCGAGCACGUAAAGUGA